GCUAUACAAAUGCUUCAGUCUUAUUUGAAAAAUCGGAAGAAUCAAAAUAAUGAAAAUGGCAAAAUUCAUUAUGAUUUAUUUCAUCCCACUUAUCUGUGCUGUUGUGAGUACAGAAAUCGUACCAGGAACGAAGCAUUGCGGUAAAAAUAUAUUACCGGUGAUGACGAGAGAUCUGUCCCUGUGGCAUGGAAUUGACGGGUGCUGCGCCGGUCACGAUCAGUGUCCGAUAUCAGUUCCCCCAAAUGGUAUGGACUUUUCUCCAGACGGUAGAUUAAUACUAUUCCAUAAUGUCGUAAGUAGCUAUACAUUGAGUGCCUGCUCAUGUGAUCAGCUAUUUCGACAAUGUCUUUACAAACAAGGGCUUCUAGGCGGCCUGACAUGGUCAAUCUUUUAUGGUAUCAUGGAUGGACUGUGUUUGAAUCCCAACGGACCUGGUUUUGAACAUUCUUUAGUCAGACAGAAAGCACAUUUGGACAAAUUCCCGGGAUCUUAGAAGCAUAGCUGUAUUCCCAACAUACAGAUUUCUUAUUCGAUCGUUUGAAUAAAUUGCAGUAAAAUGUUGCGUUUCUGCUAAAUUAUGAAUUGUAAUUUUUUGAAUGGCACAACUUUGAAUGGAUUCAAGAGAAAUAAAUAAAUAAUAUUCAAAAACUUUUAAUCGACUUGUAA